CCAGUGUACAUAAAUCGCAAUAAAAUAGCGCACCCACUCAAAACUUAAGAAUUUUUUUUUGUGGUUAUCUAAAAUAUAGAGUAUAGACCAACUCCCUGGUCGGGCACUUUCUUCAAUAUAGCAGUAACUAUAGCACCCAUCAUUUUCUCAUUUACUCUCUUUACCCUUUUUCUGUUGAUCUUCUCUGCCGGCUAUUUUUAAGAGUAAAACAGUUGAGCGGUUAAUGGCGAUGCCUGAUCUGCCCAUGGAUUUCGAUAGUAACAGCAGCGAGAUAUGGGAUUGGCAAUGUGGGGAAACUUUUCUUGAAGACCGUGAGAACUUUGGGCUGCAGCCUCAAGCAGACGUAUCGGAAUGUUUAUGGACUGGUGUAACUGAAAAUAAGGAAGAUCUUUCCUACAUUUUUGAUGAUGAGACCACUCCAGUUAAGGACUGUGGUGACUUGACACUCAAUGUCAAGGAUGUUACAACCAAGGAAUUGGAGCAGUGCAGAGAACCUGCUAAAGUGGUAAAAAGACGCAGAAUGCUGCAAUUUGACGCUGAGAUCCUGGAUGUUUCUGGUUCAAACGAAGAGAUUCCAUUAACCUGCUUAAAAUCAAAGGAGAGGGAUGCAUAUUUCGAAGAAGCUAUAUGCGAGGUCUCAGACUGGUUAUCCGAAUAUGCAGAUGGUGCAACAUCUUCGGCUCAUGAAGGUUUGGAUGAGUCUUCUGAAGAAUGGCUUACCGAUUGCUUUAAUGAUCCUGAGUUGCAGCCUGGUUCCGAGGAUAUGAAUACAUCUGGAGUACCUGAUGUUCAAGCUGACAUAAUAGAGGUUAUUAAUUCCUCGCCAGAACGUGAGACAACUAUGGUUAAAAGCAGUUCUGUUCGUACUUGUGGAAACAUUAUUUUCAAAGGUAGGAAUUCAUACAUGCAACCUCCCAAAAAAGGUGCAUCUUCUGUAGUGUACCCAUUCGGCUUUAUCAAACCCUGCAGUGCUCAAGGAGAUGUGACGUUAAAAGAGAUUAACAAAAAGAUACACACUCCACCACCAUCCAAGUCGAAGCAAAGCAAUCAAGAUCCACCUUCUUAUCCCACAUCAGCUUUUUCUGGGAAACCUGUCGUUGGCAAGACAAAAAUUAACAUAGAGGGCGGAAGAGGCAGCAUUACAAUCAUGAGAACUAAAGGAUGAUCUUAAAAUGUGUUUUUGGCAUACUUUUGCUUGGGAUUGCUCAGCAGUUUCGGGGUAUUGCUUUGGGCACCUUUGGCAUAUAAGUUGAUUUGUGAAUGGGUCUUUAUUAGGGAGAACAUGGGGAGACUUGCAAGUGGAGCAGUCUCCCAUGAUUUUGAAAUCUCCAUGUAUAUUGGAUUAGUAGAUGGAUGACUUAUCUAUUUUGAUAAGUUAGCAAAUUCUUAAUGCUCAAAUGCUUAAAGAGGUCUUGCCUAAUCAAUUAGGCCAAUAGAUUUUUUGGAUAUCCUCAGGCAAUGUAAGCAUAAUCCCAAUCCAAUGCAAGUCACUGUUAGUCUGUUA